AAAAAAAAUUAAAAUGACUUUUGGUUUCGUCUGAAAACAUACACAAUUGUCGAUUGAACCUAUACUUUAGUUUAGAUUACUAAUUUAAAACAAGAUAACCACAAGUUGUUAAGGGAACAAAAAUAUCCGACCGCCUUUUUACAGCUCAUAUUGAGGCUAACCGUCUGCAGCAAAGGAUACAAAUUUGUUUAUGCUUCUAUGAGCUUGUGUUAGCAUAUAUUCAAGAGCGAUAUAUUAUUAUCCGACAAAGGUGUAUCUUUCCCUUUUCAGAGGUGAUAUAUUGACGUCAUGGCGAACGGCUCAAUCUGGUACCCAUUUCUCGUCGCUUAUAUCCUCGUCAGCUCAUCCUUUCAAUCUUUAAAUCGAGACGAUGGAGAUCCGGCGAUGCCAUUCUUAACACUUGACAUGGAUAAAUCUUUCCAUGGAUGUGAUCAGAACCUUGAACUGAAAAAAGCUUCUUGCAGCAAUAAAGGCCUGGACACGAUUCCCAAGAAUCUUUCUAAGGAUACCGAGGUGCUUGACUUGUCUGAUAACAAUGUCACUAAACUCUUGAACUCCUCGUUUGGAUUUUACCCUCUAAUCAACUCCUUGGAUAUUUCUUCUAACGAUGUAAGAGCAAUCGAAUCCGCCGCGUUUUACCCCCUCAAGGACCUAAGGUCCCUGUCUCUAUUAUCUAACCCGCAUCUUGUGCUUCCAGCAACAGGCGUCUUUAUGAUGUCUACACAGCUUUCCUUUCUCGAUUUAACAGCAUCGAACUUGAAGUUACUCCCCAAUGACAUUCUAAAAUGGAGUCCACAUCUUAAAACUGUAUAUUUGUCCAUCAACAAGCUCUCCUUCAUCAAUAUAAGUUCUUGUGGUAUGAUGAACAAUGUAGACUUGACUGGUAAUCGACUAGAACAACUUACGGCAGGAGAUUUCACCUUUGUGUGCUACACUGAUACUCUAAAUCUUUUUGAAAACCCUAUCCAAUCAGUAGACCCUGAUGUGAUCGCAUCACUACAUGUUCGGUCUUUGGUGCUAGGUGGCUACCCUUUGAGUGAUGAGGUGUUGGCGAACAUCGUCCUUGGAAUCUCAAAAUCAGACAUCGAACGGCUUACAAUCGAGAAAGGUUCUAUUGGUGCAUUUCCGAUAGGUUUCUUUGAUCCUCUGCGCGAUUCUUCGCUCUCUGAUCUGGCCUUCAUCCGCAACGACCUGAAUAGCCUCUAUCCUUUAGUCUUCUCAAAUUUGACAAAACUCAAACAAUUGAGUUUCAAUUUCAACCAACUCCCCAUAGACGAAAUUCAACCAGACUUUUUCGACGGCAUGAACAAAUUAAAGGUACUGGUUAUCAAAUACAACCAAGUAAGACAAAUAAAUCCUCACAAUCAGACUUGGACAGUGGACUUAUCGGAGUUUGACUUAUCCUAUAAUCUGUUUACAAACAUAUCUGCAUUUGUAUUUCGCGGUUUAAGAAAUUUAAAUUUCUUAGACAUGAGCUCGAACAAAUACCUUUCUGUCUUUGAGCUGACGGCCUUUUCCGGACUUGACAAUAUUCAAACCAUUGAUUUGGCCGGAAGUCGUAUACGUGUUCUUGAAUUGAACACCCCAAUAUUAAGAUCACUUUUCCUAAACUCUCUUGAAUCAAACUUCCUUGCUUUUCAACCAGGAGAAUCGUUUCAACACUUACAAUCCCUUGUUAAUUUAGACAUGAAAGACUCUAAACUUUACCUAUUGAACCUAUGGAAUAUCAUUACAAAGGCCUCUCUUUUCGAUGGAUUAUUUAAUCUUAAAUAUUUGGGCUUGAGUAGCAACCCUUAUCUGAGUUGGGAAAGUUAUUUACCGCCAGGGAUAUUCCAACAACUCUCUGUUUUACAAGAGCUAAGUCUAGACUACUGCGAUAUAACAAAUUUACAUCCUCUUGUCUUCUCGGGGUUAGAAUCGCUUCAGAAAUUGAGUUUAAAAGGAAACAAAAUCCAUCAUAUUCAUGAUGAUGUAUUGUCAGGGUUGGGUCAAAUAUUAAGUAUCAACUUUGAAGGAAAUCGUAUCGCAUACUUGGAAGAGCUAAUGUUUUCAAAUAACUGGAAACUUACAAAUCUUUCCUUGGCCGACAACAGAUUAACGCGCCUAAAUCAAAGCUCUUUCAAGCCGAUCUAUUCCUCCAUUUCAUCACUUGAUCUAUCAAUGAACCCAAUAAACUGUAACUGUGAUCUAAAGUGGCUACCUCUAAGCCUGCUCGAAAAGGAAAAGACUAUCUGUUCGUCAGCAUCUCUGGAGCCUCUUCGUGAGAAACCCCUGCUUAAUUUUGAUCCAAAUGAGCUUUGCAUAAUGAACAAUGGCCUGUUCUCUCUGAUUCCCCUCGCCUCCAUUAGCUUGGUUGUAAUCAGCGUGCUGUUGUAUCACUACCGAUGGCAGUUGAGGUACAAACUCUUUCUUUUCAAACUGGCCGUACUGGGCUAUAAAGAGAUGCGAGACGCUCGAGACCACAAUGACUACGAAUUUGACGUGAACAUCAUUUUCUACGACGAUGACGAAGAUGACGAAGAAUGGAUUCGCGAACACCUUCGACCGGCUCUCGAAGAGCGACUUCCUCAGUUUCAUAGGAACGUCUUUGGUGACGAAGAUCUUGUGCUGGGUAUGCAUUACUUAGAUUCCGUCGACUACGUGGUGAGCCAUAGUUACAAGACAAUCAUAGUGCUUAGCAGAGCUGCUGUGCACGACCACUGGUUUAUACUCAAGUUCCGGACGGCCAUGGACCACGUGAGUGACACUCUGACGGAAUUCGUAGUCGUGCUUUUCCUCGAAGACAUCCCAGAUGAUGAAAUGCCAUUCUUGGCGAGGUUGUAUCUCAGUGAUGGCAGACCCUAUAUCCACUGGACUGAGAACGUGAGAGGACAACAAUAUUUCUGGGAUGAAUUGACCAAAAAUCUUACUAUUAAUCUAAGGACGAAUGACUUGAUCCCAAACGAGUAGCAGUAUUGUAGGAAUCUAAAAAUACAUGUAUUGUUUAUCAGUAUUGAAAGUGAUAGUAGUAGUUGUAGUAGAAGUAGUAGCAGCCAGGUGCAGAUAAGGGACGCGGGGCCCGGGCCCCCUCCUCUGAC